GAAUGUGGGGCAAACUGGGAUCUUAAAGGUGCAGUCAUAUGACUCCCAGAUGGCUGAAUGAGAGUUGUGCUCGCUGGAUAUGGUUUCCUGAAAGUCAUUCCGACGGGUUUAGCAAAGUUAAAACGACUCGACCACGCUGCUGGAAAUGAGUCUUGAAUGCUUUCAGUUGUAGCUCACGGAGGGAGACGAGCUGUGUUGUUUAGGAAGCGGUGGGCCAUAGGAGGAUGAUUAUGUUGCCUGUUAUGUGGAUGCAGCGCGAAUGACAAACUUCACCCCUGCGUGAUUUAAAACCGCAGCCACACAUGGAAGAUCUAAACACAGGAAAUCCAAGGCAGACCGCAGGGGAACGGUUGACAGCCAGCAGCCCCCAGCUGGAUGGAGGCUCUCAGAGGAGAGUAGCAGCGAUCAGCUCUCCUGCUCUGGCUGUAGCGCGCCUCACUUUACCCAGAGUCAUGGACGCCGAGGGGAGGGUCGACGAGUCAAGACUGAGGAUGCAUAUCUUCAAAAACGGUGGGGUGUGUCCAUCUGAGCGUGGUCUCGCGUGGCGGUUUUUGUUCGGGAUGUACCCGUGUGGUUCAACAGCUUUAGAGCGCUCGUUGCUGCAGGACCAGUUGGUCGUACGUUAUCAGGUGAUGAAGAGAAAAUGGCAGCACUUCCUCCCCUCAGCCAUGCGAAUGCACCUCAAUGGUACUGAUGCUGAGUUGCUGGCAGCCGUCAGGUACUUUGACCAGAGACAGGCACAGACCCAGCAACAAUCUCAGGACAGGUCAGAGGCGGUCAGAGUUAGAAUGGCUUUUUUGGAGCUUCAGGCACAGAUAUUGUUUGAGCGGGUCACAUUUGACCGUGAGGAGCUGCAGGAAGCCAUUCGAAUCAUUGAUAAAGAUGUGCCCCGAACCAACAGAGACCUGAGCUAUUACCAGAAUGAAGGCUUAGGCAAUCUGUUGGUUCUGCGAGAAAUCCUUAUCACUUAUGCUGCUUUUCAUCCAGAGGUUAGUUAUGCCCAGGGGAUGAAUGACCUGUGCAGCCGAUUCCUGGAGGUCCUCGACUGUGAGGUUGACACUUUCUGGAGUUUUUCGUGCUACAUGGAGAAAUUCUCCAGGGACUUCAGGGCCGAUGGUCUACACAGGAAAAUAGAGUUGGAGGCAGCUCUGCUGAAGGAACUGGACCCUCCGCUUUAUGCUCAUCUGGUGAAAGGCAACAUGGAGAGGUUUACGUUUUGUCACAGGUGGCUGCUGCUUGGUUUCCAGAGGGAGUUUGAACACAGCGAAGCACUACGCUUGUUCGAGAUCCUGAGCUGUGACCACCUGGAGCUCAUCUCACAGCAAGUCGACCGAGCUCGUUACCAGGAAAGAGUUGCUCAGAAAUUCAGCACAGAAGACGGUUCAGAGUCAGAGCUGCAGGCGAUCAACACUGACUUCACCUUUGAGCUCUUCAUCUGUGCAGCCAUCCUUUUAGAGCACAGAGAGUCUCUGUUGCAGUGCCCAGAUGACGUUCAGCUCCUCCAAUAUGCUAACGGCCUUCAGGGGACACUGGACCUGAACAGUAUACUGAAGAAAGCCGAGCAUCAUUUCUACAACUACUGCAAGCGCUGUGCUUGGGAUUUUACGAACGGUCGCUGCAGGCCUGAUCGGAGCAAACACGAGGACUUUUUUUAUCAUCUCCGUAGUUUAUUUGUUUUAAAAUGAUUUUAUUUAUUUUUUUAAUGAUCUCACAGGUUGUAAUCUGUAGCUGACAGUUAAUCCCUACAUGCACUUUUUGAUGCCACUUACUUUUUUGUCUGAGGGAAACACUAAUGUACUGCUGGUUGCUGCUCACUUUAAAUUUGCUCACUCAUCACUAUGAGUACGUGUACACUAUUUAUUGUCUUAUAGUUGACCAACACUGGGUGCGAGUUGUUGUGCGGUGAUUUUUUAUUUUAUUUUAUUUUUUUUAUGCAAGGUCUAAUCUUUUAUUACUUCACAGUAGGAGCUUUGUUUUAUUUUUUUUCCAGGUUGUUAGCAGUUUAUAAAUAGGCCCGGUCUCUUCGCUGGCAGUUAUAUUUAAUGGUAGAUGAUACAUGUAUCAGAGGGGCCUACAGUAUGUGUACCACAAAGUUUCCAAGAAACCACAUUGCAUAACUGUCCUAAAUAGAGAAUGACAAACAUGCACACUACACUAUGAAUGUUUAAGAAAAUGUACCUCAGUAAAAGUGUUGAAGAUUUUUAUUCUGCUGGUGAAUAAACCUGUUUCAUUUACAUUUUUGAAUUUUUUAAAUAAAAGAUGACCUUGUGUUUUG